AUGAAUAUAGAUGAAGGCAACAUGGAAAGAAAAUACAUGGGAGAAUAUUAUUAUCAAGAUUCCAUAACAGUGACAACAAAAGGGUUGGAGGUUGAACUUGUGAAAAUCUUGAAUACUUUCACAACAGUUGAUUUAUCAAGCAAUAAAUUCCAAAGAGAGAUUCUAGAGUCCAUUGGAAAUCUUAAUUCACUUCGAGGGCUUAAUUUGUCUCAUAAUAACCUUACAGGACAUAUUCCAUCAUCUUUUGGAAAUUUGAAGUCGCUUGAAUCAUUGGACCUCUCUUCAAACGAGCUAAUUGGGAGUAUUCCUCAACAAUUAACAAGUUUGACAUUUCUUGAAGUUUUGAAUCUUUCCCAAAACCAUCUUACCGGAUUCAUACCUCGAGGUAAUCAGUUUGAUACUUUUGGAAAUGAUUCACACAAUGAGAACUCAGGGUUGUGUGGAUUUCCGUUGUCAAAGAAAUGCAUAGCCGAUGAAACACCGGAGCCUUCAAAAGAAGCGGAUGCAGAGUUUGAUGGUGGAUUUGAUUGGAAAAUCACAUUGAUGGGAUAUGGAUGUGGAUUGGUUAUUGGGUUGUCUCUUGGGUGUCUCGUUUUCUUAACUGGGAAACCUAAAUGGAAUGGAGGUGGGGGGCUGCUGCUUCUGCUGGCACUCGCGCCGUUGCUGCCAUGGCUGGCGCUGUUGGUCUCACCGUCGUCUCCGCCGCUGGACGGAGAUCUUAAUGAAGAGGAAGGCGGUGACGACGACGAGCGGCAGACUCCAUCUCCGGUAGCGACUGUUUGA